CAAGAACAAAUAUCUCUUUUACCUCAGCACUAAGUUUUCUUCUCCUUUCAACUUGCAGAUCUUCACACUUACAUAUACACAUUCAGUUAUGUAAUCUAAAUUGCCGACCUCAGAAAGGAAAACAAAACACUUUGUGAACCAGAAUAUAGAGACCAGAGAGAGACACGACAAGCAAACAAGAAACACAACUUUACAUCUCUCUCUCUCUCUCUUAAUAGUCUUUCAUUACUUAUCUCUUCUCUUUUUCUAACCUCUCAUUUAAUAAACAGAGCAGAAAAACAGAGUCUUCCAUCUUUCUUCUUCUGGGGAGAGAGAGAGAGCUCUAACAAUGGCGAACUUGGUCUUAUCCGAAUGUGGCAUAAGACCUCUCCCCAGAAUCUACACCACACCCAGAUCCACUUUCCUCUCUAACACCAACACCACCUUCAAACUCAGACCAUCCCCUUCUUCUUCCACUUCUCUCUCGUUUCGUCUGAAUGGGUUCUCCACUAAGAACUGGGCGUUGAAUGUAACCACGCCUUUAACAGUCGACUCGUCUCCUCCUCCUGUCGAGGCGGAACACGAAACGCAGAGAUUCGACCCAGGAGCGCCUCCUCCGUUCAACUUAGCUGAUAUCAGAGCAGCUAUACCCAAGCAUUGUUGGGUUAAGAAUCCAUGGAAGUCCAUGAGCUACGUAGUGAGAGACGUCGCCAUUGUGUUUGCAUUGGCUGCUGGAGCUGCUUACCUCAACAGUUGGCUUGUUUGGCCUCUCUAUUGGCUUGCUCAAGGAACCAUGUUCUGGGCUCUCUUUGUUCUUGGCCAUGACUGUGGACAUGGUAGCUUCUCAAAUGAUCCGAGGUUGAACAGUGUUGUUGGUCACCUUCUUCAUUCCUCAAUCCUAGUCCCUUACCAUGGCUGGAGAAUUAGCCACAGGACUCACCACCAGAACCAUGGACAUGUUGAAAACGAUGAAUCUUGGCAUCCUAUGUCUGAGAAAAUCUUCAAGACUUUGGAUAGACCCACUCGGUUCUUUAGAUUCACACUGCCUCUCGUGAUGCUCGCGUACCCUUUCUACUUGUGGGCUCGAAGCCCGGGGAAAAAGGGUUCUCAUUACCAUCCGGACAGUGAUUUGUUCCUCCCUAAAGAGAAGAAGGAUGUUCUUACUUCUACAGCUUGUUGGACUGCAAUGGCUGCUCUGCUUGUGUGUCUCAACUUUGUGAUGGGUCCAAUACAAAUGCUCAAACUCUAUGGAAUCCCUUACUGGAUAAAUGUGAUGUGGUUGGACUUUGUGACUUACCUGCAUCAUCAUGGUCAUGAAGAUAAGCUCCCUUGGUACCGUGGGAAGGAAUGGAGUUACUUGAGAGGAGGGCUUACAACAUUGGAUCGUGACUACGGAGUGAUCAAUAACAUUCAUCACGACAUUGGAACUCAUGUGAUACAUCAUCUUUUCCCGCAGAUCCCACAUUAUCAUCUAGUAGAAGCCACAGAAGCGGCUAAACCAGUAUUAGGCAAGUAUUACAGGGAGCCUGAUAAGUCUGGACCUUUGCCAUUACAUUUACUGGGAAUCUUAGCAAAAAGUAUGAAAGAAGAUCAUUAUGUGAGCGACCAAGAAGAUGUUGUAUACUAUAAAGCAGAUCCUAAUCUAUAUGGAGAGGUCAAAGUAACAGCAGAUUAAAAUGAAGCAAGCAGAAAGUGAUAGAGAAGCUUUUUCUAUUUCUGACCAGCUGAUUUUUUUGCUUAUUAACGUCCAAUCUAUUGUGUUACUACUACCUCCAGAGAGUUAGUAUCUCUGAAUACAAUCAGAUGGAAACGACAAAUUUGUUUUCAGUACUGAAGCUAUAAAUAUAAGAUACAUUGAAUCGUC